AGUCAUCUCUACCAUAUGGAACUAGGAAAUGAUACCCAAAUUUCUGGAUUUCUUCUUCUUGGAUUUUCAGAGGAACCAGCCCUGCAGCUCCUCCUAUUUGGACUUUUCCUCUCCAUGUACCUGAUCACAGUGUUUGGGAACCUGCUCAUCAUCUUGGCCAUCGGUAAAGACUCCCACCUGCACACACCCAUGUACUUCUUCCUCUCCAGCCUGUCCUUUGUAGACAUAUGUUUCACCACCACCACCAUCCCCAAGAUGCUGUGGAACAUCCAGACAGAGAGCAAAGCUAUAAGCUAUGAAGGCUGUAUCACCCAGAUUUAUUUUCUUAUACUCUUUGCAGUGUUGGAUGUCUUUCUUCUCACUGUGAUGGCCUAUGACCGUUAUGUGGCCAUCUGUCACCCCCUGCAUUACACAGUCAUCAUGAACCCCCAGCUCUGUGGACUGCUGGUUCUAGUGUCCUGGAUCAUGUGUACCCUGAAUUCCUUGUUACAAAGCUUAAUGAUGUUACGUCUUUCCUUUUGUACAAACUUGGAAAUCCCACACUUCUUUUGUGAGCUCAAUGAGAUGAUCCAACUUGCCUGCUCAGACACCUUUCUUAAUAACCUGGUGAUGUAUUUUGCAGCUGUCCUGCUGGGUGGUGGUCCCUUUGCAGGGAUACUUUAUUCUUACUCUAAGAUAGUUUCCUCCAUAUGUAGAAUAUCAUCAUCUGAGGGCAAGUAUAAAGCAUUUUCCACAUGUGCAUCUCAUCUCUCUGUUGUCUCCCUAUUUUAUUGUACAAUGCUUGGGGUGUACCUUAGCUCUGCUGCUACCCAGAGCUCACACUCAAGUGCAAUAGCUUCAGUGAUGUACACUGUGGUCACACCCAUGCUGAACCCCUUCAUCUACAGUCUCAGGAAUAAAGAUAUAAAAAUGGCUCUGAGAAGAUUCAUUGGUAUGCUUGUUAUAUAA